CAGUAAUCGUCGCACACAACUACCUGCCCACAGUCCUAUAUCCUAGUGCUGUAAAAUCACGUCAUGAAAAAGAAAAAUAUACGUUUCGCCAAUGGGAGAAGAAAAGCUGCAAGAUGACCAUACAGGCAGACGAACAGGCCGAAUUGGAAGAAUGUAUUUCAUACUCUAUGCAAAAAGGACCGAUGUCGACGUCAGCUUAUCGAGCGGUGUAAUUUAGUCAACACGCGCAUCAUGUUGGUGUAACCUAGUCGACCUAUAGCUGUUCUACUAGGCACAGCGCAUUAAGGGAACUCGUUUGAGUGGAUUCUCCUGUCAGUCGGUGACAUCAUGUGCUUUUAAACGGACGUAUUGACGUUGUUGAGCCAUGCCAAGCGGUAAAUCAACUUGUUCUGCAAUAGUUUCACCUUUCUUUUCUUUGCCCAAUGCAAGGGUCGGCUCGAAUAUUCCCGUUGAGAAUCGUAAAGAUGCUUGGAUUGCAGUUAAUGUGACGCCAUCAAAUCCAUUGCUCGAUCGUUUUCAGACAACGGUGAAUCAGAUCCCUUUGCCCCACUGUGGCCCCCGUUCGCUAGAAAAAUCGGGUCAAAGAAAAGAGAAACGUUUCUCUUCUUCUUCUCUUUGGAAGAGAUUUGCUCGAACGACUACCGGUCAUGGCUUUGCUAGGAUGGUGGACACCGAGGAACACAAGUACAUGAGGAUAUUCUGGGUGACAGUAAUCGCCUUACUCUUGUCUGGCCUGCUGACUUCUAUUGUAAUCAUAAGUUACGAAGAACUCGUAAUUCGUGAGAUUCGUAGAGAGUUUAUCGUUCAGAACAACAAAACCAUGUUGCUACCGGACAUUCACAUUUGUGACACGUCCCUCUUUAACCCAACCAAACUUGAAGAGAUGGGUUUCAACAACACGAUGGCUUCGUAUUUAACUCUGGCCCUUUCGCAUCUGUUAGCGUCGCGUGCCAUUGUGGAGGACAUGGUAAAGCGGAAACGUCUCGAUAUGGAAUUCCGCCGCUUGAUGAAAGGCAAAACGAUUUCGGAUGUUUUCGAACGGACCACCUUACGAUGUGAAAACAUCGUACUGGGCUGUACGUACGAUCGUGUUCUCUAUUCCGGCAACAAAUGCUGCUCGAAAUUCUUUGGCAAUCGUCGCUACGUCACUGACUUGGCUGCCUUGUGCGUCUCGACUCAUUUUCAACCGCCUCUCGAAGAAAUUUUCGAUAGUCAAAUCUAUGGUUUUACCGCCUAUCUGAAGACCAAUGUCGUCGAUAGAUUCGAAUUCGAUUCAACCAUCAUCUCCAGCAAUGUGGCAUCAAGGCGUGGAAUAAUGUAUGCUGUAUCGGACUCUAUCACGGCUGUUAAUCCCACAAUCUCUACAGCUGGUCGCUACCUUAAGCCUGGGACGUGGACCGCUGUUUCGAUAUCGUUGACCAGGACGGAUAAUACUGAGCUGCAACAAGGAAUGUUAUCAACCCAUUCUUGCGUAUCUCCAGAAUCCCCUGAUCAUUUGCAUCUCGUACCCAAUCAUAAUGUUUACAGCCAGCGCAACUGUGUUUUCGCCGCCACUCGCUUAGCACUUGAAGCCAAACUCAAUUGCUCUCGUUUCCGUUUUCAUAGAAAGGGUCUCUUGACUACGUGCUACCCGGAUAUGAUGAUCGAUGUUCAUUCACCCGAGCUCGCUCACGAAAUCAAGACGAGAAUUCAAGAUUGCCCAGAGGAUUGCAUUUUUGAUAACUAUCACGUCUCCUCUUCGUCAACCCAAUUGGAUUUAGGCGAUCAUGACGAUAUGCAUGUGGACGAGAAGCACGAUGACAGUGUCCUUCACACAGCUAUUCACUUCUAUUAUUCAUCGUUUAGUUUCACUAUUAUCAAAAACCAUCCCGGAAGCCUUGUCAAAUGGCUAAGUGAUGUUGGAGGAAACAUGAGUCUGUUCUUGGGGGCCAGCUUCGUUACGCUUUUGGAGAUCGCAGUUCUAUUUUUCCGUUGCAGUCAAAGAUGUUUGAAACACAAGAUAUUCAAGACAACCAUUUUCCAUCCGCCAUUUGCAUCCGAGCAAAGCUGAUGGAUGAAACCCAAAUCGGAAAAGUUUCAAACAUCACGCACAGAUGCUUGUACGUAAAAGAGGUGCGAACAAGACUUCAUGCUGCAAGUUAAACAUGAAUGCAAGGAUCCAUGGUAAUAUUUGUUCUUAUGAAAUUAUCUCCAAGUAUUAAUUCUAUGUGACUUGAUGACGAUUAUUAUCUUUAUUCGUAUUUAAACGUCAGUGUCCAUCAAUUCUUAUUGCAAGGCCAAAAAAGCUAAAGAUUAUAAAUUGAUUGAAAGUACAAGGUUGGAGUGACACACAAAAAAAAACCCAUUCGUUAUUUAUGGCUAACGAGACCAAAAGCUAUCCUUCUCAAAAAAACAAAAAAAACAACUACCCGAUACACAUUAACUUCUAAAAUGCAACACUUAAGGGCAAGUGCAGCAUUUAGAAAGACCUUUUCAAUUCCCUUUUUCGACUUCAGUAUCCAAAUUGACUUAUUUGGCUAAAAGCCACUCGACUUUGGAAGCUCAUUGAAUGUUUACGUUCGCCCAUUCAAUCUAUGGCUCUUCAACACGAAACAGGACAGUGACAUGGCUAAUGGUGUCUUUUUCCAUUUCGUGCGUAAAAGACUGGCCUAACUCAAGGCUAUACAGUCAGCUACGCAAAUUUAAGCGGGAAAGAAAACUUUCGUAGGUGAUGCAAUUCCCUUAAUUUUUUGCGCAUUAUAUACUUAGCCCGGAAAUAUCGAACGUCGUUGCGUAACCCGAUGUGUUAGCAACUUGAAAGUUUUCGAUUUUCUUUUCUUGGAAAUUUCCGGAGGGUUACGGUACGGUAAAAGGUACAAGUUUUAGCUCCCAGCCUUCUCUAUCGUGUUUUCUGCUUUUUCCAUGUGGACUAGUCGACCCCUUGGCACAACUUUCUCAUUUAGUUUCAAAGUGUUCAGUGAAUAGUUCAAAAAGGCAAGGACAAGUGAAUUGGCCUUACAUUUUACGACAAAUCAAUAACUUUGCAUCAGUUUUGUAACAUCGUUAUGCCGAAAGUAGCAGGUUUAUUGAUUUGGCCUUAAUAUGGUGAUGUUACGAGCUAAUCAUCAAAUGUUUUUAAUGAUUGAAACCGUACCGUGACAAAUGAUACAUAGUGAACUCGGGGGAAAAUAAAAGGAAGAACGAAAGUGAAGGUUUUUUUCAAUGCAAAGCAUCCCGAUCCGUUACGUGAGAGGAAAAUAGACAGAGAAAGAGUCGUUAGUGUGAAAACAAGCAUGAAAUGGAUACCGGAUUGGAAAGUCGUCGUUAACAGGCAAAGUAUAUCGCGAAUUCCGUAACACAGCGAUUGCUUUCCUCUUGUUUUUGUGGUUUGUAGCCUAGAAAUCAACCGAUAUUGAAUUUAAAGUUAAAUAAUGAUGGAACGAUUACGGAAAGUUUGUCAUUGUCUAUGAAAAUGUAUUGCCGCAUAGUAGAUGCUGGUAGACAAGAAUAAAUUAAAAUCAUUCAGCAA